AUGAACAAAUCUAUGGCCUAUACCACCAGCCCGUUGCAGCUUUGUCUCAUUGCGUUUCAGUCCCUCACCCGAGACAGUGCCAUCUCGGCACUUUUACCGUCUACCCAAGAAUGUUCUCAGCUCGCUACUGUAACCCUCCAUCCCCUACACGUGGCCCAAAACCACUGCGUCUUCUCGUCCAACGGCAUCCAACAGAUCAACCACACAAGCAUUGUCGUGAUCCCCACACUGGAUCUCGAGACAUGUCAGAUGCCCAACCCCGAGUCCCUGAUCAGUAGCGCGCUUCAUGUUACCUUUCUCGUCAUCAAUCAUGACCCUGUCAGCGCCUACUCCCGUACAUCAUGGGUGCCAGCUUUCUCCACGUAG